AUGGAUAAGACUAAGGAAGCCGUCAGCAAGUUCAUGUCCAAGGCUGGACACCACGAUACCACCGUCCAUGAGCACGUUCAGCCCGCUGUUCAGCAUGAGACUAUUCGUCCUCAGCAACAUGAAGAGGUCAAUACUGCUCUCGAUCGGGAAGUUCAUCAAGACCACUACCACCACACUGUUCAGCCCGUCCAGGACAAGGAAGUUCUCCCAGAACAGCACCACCAUAAUGUUGGACAAGUCGAACACAGAUCGUUUGAUCAUCGCGACGAGUCCAAGGUGAAGAGAGCACUCGAGGCAGAGAGAGCCAAAUUCAGCGACCAGCGUGUACGAGAAGAGGCUGUGCACACCCAGUCCAGUGCUCCGGUAGUUCAGGGCGAGCAUGUUCACCAUCACGUGCAUGAGACAUACCAGCCUGUCGUUCACAAGGAGACCAUUGAGCCUCACGUGGUACACACCACUGUACCCAUCCAUGAGACACACCACAACGAGGCUAAGCAUCAUGCGACAUCAACCCUGCCUGCUGUCAGCAUGUCGGAAUUCAAGCAGCACGGCGGUACUCACCGUGGUGGACAGCACGAGGAGCACCGCUUUGAGGGUUGUCCAGACGUUGAGGGAGGUGCUCACAGCCACAACAAAGGUCUCAGCAAUAUCACCAGCGCUGGUGCCGGCGUUGCCGGUGCGGGAGUGGCUGCCGGUGGUCAUCGCCACCGUCGCUCGUCGUCUGUUUCAUCUUCGGAUCGUGAGGGUGUGAGUGGUCCUCACAAGUCCAAAGUCGCCAAUAAAUUGGACCCCCGAGUCGACAGUGACCGUGACGGUAGUCGCACCGUUGGCAACAACAACACAGCCUCUUCUGGUGCCAUUGGCGGUUACUCUGCCGGUACCACUGGCAGCCGUGGUGUUGGCAACUCCGGUGUCACCACAGGAGCAGUCGGCAGCGGUGGUUACACGUCAGGAAGUCGCGAGGGUGUUUCGGGCCCCCACAACUCUCGUGCAGCCAACACUCUCGACCCUCGAGUGGAUUCAGACCGCGAUGGUAGUCGUACCGCUGGUACUACUGGCACUUCCACUGGCACCGCAGGGCAGCAUCAUAGCAGCAUGCUGGACGUAGGUAGCGCACCCGGCACCACUGGUACCACCAGCUCCCGCACCGGCACCACGGGUCUAAGUAACACAACUGGCAACAACACUGCAUUAGGCACUGGUACUACUGGUCUUGGUUACGCUCAAGGUCACAGCCGCGUUGACUCUGGCCACAGUACAAGCGAAGAUAAGCCUGGUCUAUUGGAGAAAGUUGGCAACAAGCUUGGUCUGACGAGCAGUCAUAAUUCAGAGACCACUGGCACUCAGAACAAUGAUGACUCAAAUGAAUAUGUCUCUACCUGGAAAUCAAUUUACAUGAUCUCAGUAUAUCUAGCCGCCUUCUCGUAUGAGGAGGGUUGUUUCAGCCGAAUUCCGAAAAGCGAUGUUAUGAACAAAAAGCAAAUAUAUGGCGAGGCCCGGGCCAAAACUCUGAGCACACUUCAUCUGUGCAAAGUGCAAAAGGAUAUUGAACUUGCCAUGUGCAAUUUAGAGGAACAUAACCCUAAAUGA